AUGGCUGAGGGGGCGUCCGCAUGGCUUUUCUCCCUCUCCCUAGAGCCCGUCCAGGACCGGGUCCCAGCGGCACAGCCCCCGGCCCAGCCCUCCAGACCCCCGCCAGGCCAGCGCCCGCGGAGGAACAGCGGCAGCCUCUGCAAGUUUGAGGACCAAGUCCUCUGUCCCAUCUGCCUGGAGGUGUUCCGCAGCCCCGUCACCACCGCCUGCGGCCACAACUUCUGCAUGACCUGCCUCCAGGGGUUCUGGGACCACCAGUCGGCCGAGGGCGAGACGCUCUACUGCCCCCAGUGCCGGGAGAGCUUCGCCUCCAGGCCGCGCCUCUGCAAGAACGUCACCCUGGAGGAGAUGGUCACCUGCUUCACCCAGGCCAAGAGCCCGGCCGCGGCGUCCUCCUGGAAGCUGGCCGGGCCCCGGGACGUGCCCUGCGACUUCUGCGGCCCCCAGAAGCGCCGGGCCGUCAAGUCGUGCCUGCAGUGCAUGGCCUCCCUGUGCGAGAGCCACCUGCGCAGCCACGCGGAGGACCAGGUGUUCCGCGACCACCAGCUCCUGGAGCCCCUGUGGGACUUCAAGAGCUGCCUGUGCCGCAAGCACCGCAAGCUGCGGGGGCUGUACUGCCGCACGGAAGGCUGCUGCGUGUGCGGGACCUGCCUGCUGGAGGAGCACCGGAACCACGACGCCAUCCCCCUGCAGGAGGAGCGCGCCCGCCGGGAGGUGGAGUUGCGGCAGGUCCAGGCCAACGUGGAGAACCAGAUGCUGAUGAUCACCUCCGACAGCCAGAAGCACCGCGAGCAGGUGGCCUUUCUGCUGAAAAUGAUCCAGACAAUGCGAGAUGAGGUGCACGCCUGCUUCUCGGGGAUCAUCCAGGAAGUCAAGCAGCUGCAGACGAAGGUCUUGGAUUUUGUGGAGAAAGAGGAGGCCGCCGCCCUGGAGAAGCUGGGCAGCUCCAUCCAGCAGAGCCACAACUGGCUCCUGAAGCUGGAGGCGGACAGCAUCUGGCUGCGCACCCUGCUCACCAACCCGAGUGACCAGCAGUUUCUGCAGGAGUUCCCCAGGCUAAAGAACUUCCAAGACUGCAUGGAACCCCUAAUGGGCACCAGCUGGGAGGAGAAGCAGAGCUUCCUGCAGCUGCCCCAGACCCUGGCGGAGCUCCGGAGCCGGCUGGUGGGCAUGGGGCUCAGCUUCAUCAACCAGCUCCUCCUGCAGGGCAUUAAAAUGAACUCCUACGAGGUGCUGCCCCCCACCGUGGACAGGAAGGCACUUCUCAAGUGCUACUGCAACCUGAAAUUCGACCCCGCCUGGGCCAGCGAGGAGCUCUUCCUGUUCAAGGAGACGCACUCGGUGCUGAACCUGGGCGUCCUCCUGGAGCCCUUCCCCGCCGGCGGCCCGCUGCCCGGCUUCAAGCAGUGGCCGCAGGUGCUGUGCUCGCGCGGCCUGGCCGAGGGCCGCCACUACUGGGAGGCCGACGUGUCCAACUCGUGGGUGUGCCUGGGCGUCACCUACCGCCGCAGCCCCCCGCCCGGCGGCCGCCCGCGCGGCAGCAUCGUCUACCUGCUGGGCCGCAACCCCGACUCGUGGUGCCUGGAGUGGGACUCGCUGCGCUUCUCCGUGUGGCACAACAACACGCAGACGGUGCUGCAGGGCGGCUACCACCGCACGCUCGGCGUGGCGCUCGACUGCGGCGCCGGCUGCCUGUCCUUCUACGGCGUGGCGGGCGGGGUCAGCCUCCUCUACCGCUUCCUCGCCUCCUUCCUGGAGCCGCUCUACCCCGCGGUCAUGGUCAGCAGCGGCGCCUUGGUCACGCUCAAGCAGGUGUAGGUGGGGGCGAAUAAAGCUGGACUCCAGCGCUGGCUGGCCCCGCGGCGUCCCCUGGCUGGGGGGUGAGGGUGGGCAGCGAACCUGUCACCCAGCAGAGGUGAGUAGCAGUGACAGAGACCGACUGGCUUGCAAAACCUAACAGCUACCGUUUGGCCCUUUAGGGACAAAGUGUGCCGACUCCUGCUUGAAAUCAAUAGAAACACACAAUACCGGGAAGGACCAAGCGGAGGAGUAGAUGUGCCAGGAGGAGAAAGAACUGGAGAACCAGCCUUGUGGGGAAAUCAGGGCAGGCUUCCUGGAGGAAGUGAUAUUUGAGCUGCUAUCUGAGAUGACGGGUUAUCCAGGGAAACAGGGCCUGGGAAUCCCAGAAAACAGGCAGACCCAUAUGUCCCCAGAGCCACAGGAGAAGGGCUCUGAACCAGGCUGGACAGUCCCUGGGACUCAGGCCUUGGUUCUCCAGGCUGGUCCUGGCCGCUCGCACCAGGUACCUGUCCCUAAAGGCCUUCGGCCUGAGAGUGGGUGGGGCUUGGGCCGGGUGGCCAGACUGAGAGGUGGCAUUGGGGGAGGUAGGUGUUCUGUCUGGGUUACUGGCUUCAUUGCAGG